CGUAUCCGCACUCGAACUCGAAUAGCUUGAUCCUCCUCAUCACUUUGAUUAUAAACCCCUUUGACAAUGGGCCCAAGGAGAUCACAUCGGAAGUCGCGUACUGGCUGUCCACAAUGCAAGGCACGAAGACUAAAGUGCGAUGAGCAAUAUCCAUGUACGAACUGUACCAAACAUGCCAUUCAAUGCUCAUAUGUUGAGCGUGGCAUAUCAACUCCGGCUGAUACUCCAUAUACUCGGUCAGAGUCAUUGGCAUCGUCUUAUUUGCCCUCGCCAUUGAACGUAGAGUCAUACCCGGCAACUCCGGCUGGGAGCUCGAGAGCUCCGGGUCACGAUCAGCGUAAGUCAGAGAGUAGAUCUGGUCUACUGCAAUUUUUGUCCGACUCGCCAGAAGAAAUCCCGGCUUUGAACACGGAUGACUGGGCAUCAGACCUUGAACUUAUGCAUCAUUACUGCACCGUGACAUGCAACACUCUGACAAUCCGCGAAGACUCACGCCAUGUCUGGCGCGUUGUUCUCCCAGUGGAGGGAUAUUCCAAUAGAUAUUUGAUGCACGGAAUACUGGCUCUAUCUGCCCUACACCGCGCCUUUCUCUUCCCAACCCAGAGGGAAAAGAACAUCAAGGCGUCUGCCUACCACCAGGCAGCUGGGCUAACAGAGUUUCGGGAGCUCAUUUCCUCCCCAAUCGAUCCUAGCAACUGGCAGCCUGUUUUCUGCUUUGCUUCCAUGAUCAUGGUAUAUGUCUGUGCCUCGCCGAUCCGACUGGGCGAGGAUCGCUGGCCAGCUCCGAUAUCGAAUGUGGUGGAGCUCUUUUCCGUCGUCAAGGGAUUGCAGACGAUUAUGGAGCCGUGGUUACACUCUCUUCGAAGAACCCAGCUCGCACCGCUUGUUAACUGCGUCUGGCUUGAAAAUGAACCGCUCAUGGCAAGCCCAGCAGCCAUGCAGCAGUCUCUGCUUCCCCCCGACAUACAGAUUCGGAUAUCACAACUCCAUCGGUUUAUUGACGAUUAUCCAUUCCCUCAUAUACAACCCCAGUCCCACCAGAACUUGACCACCUCGGAUGAAUUGCCAAGUCCUCUCGAUUACCGAACAGACUACAAGCACUCACUGAAGUUCUUUGAGAACUCGACUCGUCAGAUAGAGCUCGCAGGGCCCCAUGUGGAGGUUGGCAUGGUCCUAAUGUGGGCAUACUCACUUUCCAAACAAUUCCGAGAUGAUAUGGAAGCAUGCCAUCCUGCAGCUCUGGUCCUGCUGGCUCAUUGGUGUGUGCUGCUGCAUAUUGUUAACGAUUCCUGGUUCCUCAAAGGCACUUCACUUCAAUUGCUGGAGGAGAUUGAGAUCAAGAUCCACCCCGGCUUUAGGGAGUGGCUGGUAUGGCCGAGAAGAUGGGUCUUUGGGAAAUGA